AGGGGAGUUAUCGCGAGAGAAGCCAGGGGAAGAUGGCCGUCCCCUGUUUUUCGGUGUGAAGCAGUGGCGGCGGCUGCGGCGGUGGAGACGGGGAUUCUGGUGUCGUGGGCACCUGAACUCUAGCUCCCCCCAGCGAGCGCGCGUCCCUUCGUGCCUAGGCGAGAGCCGGCUCUUCUUCCUCCGGGAGAUGCGUUUGUCCCGGGCUCAGGGGCGCUCUGGGAGUUCAUGCUGCGCUGGAGUAUCCUGGCCACCGCUCUAAUCGCCUUGUGCGGCCGCAGCGCAAGCUUCGUCGCCAGGGGUGAACCUCCUGGAUCCCCUCUCUGCCCCUGGCGGCGAUGACCGGGGAGAAGAUCCGCUCAUUGCGGAGGGACCACAAGCCCAGCAAAGAAGAGGGGGACCUGCUGGAGCCCGGGGAUGAGGAAGCGGCGGCUGCCCUCGGCGGCACCUUUACCGGAGGCAGGAUUGGCACAGGCAGCAGCAGCAAGGGCGGUAGAGCCUGUCAUAAGAUCUUCAGUAACCAUCACCACCGGCUACAACUGAAGACAGCUCCGGCCUCCUCCAAUCCCCCCGGCGCCCCGGCCCUGCCGCUGCACAAUUCCUCCGUGACUACCACCUCCCAGUCCCCGGCUCUUUUAGCGGGCACCAACCCCGUUGCUGUCGUCGCAGGUGGAGGCAGUUGCCCCGCACACUACCCGGUGCACGAGUGCGUCUUCAAGGGGGAUGUGAGGAGACUGUCCUCUCUCAUCCGCACGCACAAUAUCGGGCAGAAAGAUAAUCACGGAAACACUCCUUUACAUCUUGCUGUGAUGUUAGGAAAUAAAGAAUGUGCCCAUUUACUUUUGGCUCACAAUGCUCCAGUAAAGGUGAAAAAUGCUCAGGGAUGGAGCCCGCUGGCGGAAGCCAUCAGUUAUGGAGAUAGACAGAUGAUUACAGCUCUUUUAAGGAAGCUUAAGCAGCAAUCCAGGGAAAGUGUUGAAGAAAAACGACCUCGAUUAUUAAAAGCCCUGAAAGAGCUAGGUGACUUUUAUUUAGAACUUCACUGGGAUUUUCAAAGCUGGGUGCCUUUACUUUCCCGAAUUCUGCCUUCUGAUGCAUGUAAAAUAUACAAACAAGGUAUCAAUAUCAGGCUUGACACUACUCUCAUAGACUUUACUGACAUGAAGUGCCAACGAGGGGAUUUAAGCUUCAUUUUCAAUGGGGAUGCGGCACCCUCUGAAUCUUUUGUAGUAUUAGACAAUGAACAAAAAGUUUAUCAGCGAAUACACCAUGAGGAAUCAGAGAUGGAAACAGAAGAAGAGGUUGACAUUUUAAUGAGUAGUGAUAUUUACUCUGCAACUUUAUCAACCAAAUCAAUUUCUUUCACGCGUGCCCAAACAGGAUGGCUUUUUCGGGAAGAUAAAACAGAAAGGGUAGGAAACUUUUUGGCCGACUUUUAUCUGGUGAAUGGACUUGUUUUAGAAUCAAGAAAAAGAAGAGAACAUCUCAGUGAAGAAGAUAUUCUUCGAAAUAAAGCCAUUAUGGAGAGUUUGAGUAAAGGUGGAAACAUAAUGGAGCAGAAUUUUGAGCCAAUUCGAAGACAGUCCCUUACCCCUCCUCCUCAGAACACUAUUACAUGGGAAGAAUAUAUAUCUUCUGAAAAUGGAAAAGCUCCUCAUCUGGGUAGAGAACUGGUGUGCAAAGAGAGUAAGAAAACGUUUAAAGCCACAAUAGCCAUGAGCCAGGAAUUUCCCUUGGGAAUUGAGUCAUUAUUGAAUGUUUUGGAAGUAAUAGCUCCCUUCAAGCACUUUAAUAAGCUUAGAGAAUUUGUUCAGAUGAAGCUUCCUCCAGGCUUUCCUGUAAAACUAGAUAUACCCGUGUUUCCUACGAUCACAGCCACUGUGACUUUUCAGGAGUUUCGAUAUGAUGAAUUUGAUGGCUCCAUUUUUACCAUACCUGAAGACUACAAGGAAGACCCAAGCCGUUUUCCUGAUCUUUAACUGACACAGAAAAUGAUGCCAUUCAACCAAGGAAAGCUAGAGAAUGCAGAGACCCCAGAAGUGAAUUCAAAUAGAAGGGACAAAUGUUUUCAUUGAAGAAAAGGGAAUUAUGUUGGAUCGACACAUCAGUGAUAUGAUAUAAUGAAAUGGGCCUCUAAUAAGAAUUCCAGCAAGUUUCCUGAUGUGCCAUUUUCAGUCUUUUUAAAAAUAUACAUAUUAUAAGUGUAAUAGUUUGACAGCUUAAUGACCCCAAGUCCUUCUUAUGUAAAACAGCUAUGAGUGCUGUGAUUUGUUUUUAAAAAUUUUUACACUUCUUGUUGAAAUAUAUAUGCAUAUAAAUAUAUCUAUAUCUAUAUCUAAAACACUCCUGGACCAUUAACAUAAAUUAAAUGUCUUAAGAGAUAUGAAGCCCUUUUAAACUUGUCAUCUUAUAUUCAAGGUGACCUUUAUAAAUAUUCCUUCAAGCUUUGUUUUCAUAAAAUGUAAAGUAUGUAACAUUAUGUAUAGUUCAGUAAUUUGAAUGUUUGUUCAAUAUAAUGAACUAGAAGGAAUGCAGUUUUCUGUAGCUGAAUGAACCAAAUGGUAACCAUUAAACAAUUGCAUUUAUAUGUUGCAAUACACUUCAGAAGGAGCAUUCUCUCUGCAGGGAAUAAGGUACCUCCUUUAGCACCUUAGUGCAAUUCAUUGUGGUGCUAUUUGUUUUUACCUGAAUUCUUUCUUCAAUGGAAAAUGUUUGUUAAUAAUCUUCCUUUCAUAGAAACUUUUUUUUUUUCUAAACUUGAGUUUAAAAGUCCUUUUUGUGUUCAUGAUGAGCAUGCUUAAAGAUAUUCUUCUUCCAAAUCUGAGCACUUUAAAAAAAUUCCAAAUUUUUAAACUUGCUUCCUAAUAAGUGCACAUCAUUCUGAUUAUUUUGUUUUUAGUGGAAUAUGGAUGCAUUUGUGUCAGUUUUAAAAACAAUCCACAUAUUUUGGGCAUCCCUACAUAUUUAAUGCUUUCAAAAUAAGGUAAAAACAUUUUAUAUGCUAAUAGAAUAUAUUUGUUACAAGUUAAAUUCCAGAAACAUACACAAGAUUGACAAUUCCUACUGUUUAUUUUUUUAAGUAAGUCACAAGAAAAUAUUUAUUGAUUUUAAUUAUCUCCAAAGUGUUAAAAUCAUGCAUUAUUCAUUUUUGCACAUAAAAAUUUUUCAUACUUAUUCCAAGAUGGUUUGAAGGUCCAACAAUGACAAUAAAUUAGGGAGAAUAAUGUAUAACAGUCAUAAAAUGUUAUGUUGUAUUAAAGAGCUUAGCUAAGGAAAUGUUUUUUAAAUGUAUCUUGAAAAAUGUGUCAGAAUGCAUCUGUCAAGUUUUUUAGAGUGACCAGUAACUUUUUUCAGGAUUUUAAAUAAUUUGAAUGAGUUUAGAGACCUUUAUUGAAGAGAUGGCUUAAAAAUCCGAAGCAUCAACCAUAAGAAAAAUUUUGUAAUAAACAUCUUUAAAGCUGCAUCUUCCAUGCUGGUACAUACUACAUUGCAUAUGUUGACAUUUUAUUAAAUACAUUUUAUAAUGGAGAAAAAUAAUCAUAGUUAAAAAUUCAAAGACCAGUUUCUACCUUACGUGGGUCUGUUGAAUUUUGUGGAAAGGGUGGGUAAACCGAGACUAGUUUUGUUAAAUAGAAGUUGAUCCCUAUUAUUUUGGGAAUGUUUGUUGGACUUAGAGAUUCUAUGAUCCUGUCACUGAUUAUAUGAGGUUUGAGAUACUGAAAGGCAAUGAUCACUGUUGCUUUUAGGCUCCCUUGCUUUGUGGGAAUAUGGUAUACUUUCAAGAAUAUACUGCAGACUUUUUUUGUAAUUCAUUGGGGAAAAAACAUGGUAAAUUGCAGCUUGGGAUUUAUCAAUUUCCUAAAAGCUGUGACUGUUUUGCUGGGAUACACUGGAGGUAGGAAGACUACUGAAAACUUUUGCACUUGAAUUUUGUUUUUAACUUUUUCUUUCAUAAAGAAUAGUACAGAUUAUCCAUUCCAAAAUGUCUUUUAUCUGAUCACAAAGGACAAGCAAAUGUCAGUAUCUCUUAUGAUGGUAAAAAUAGGAGUUAUUUAAUGCAAAUAAACUUUUCACAGUAUUAGACUUUUCAAAAUGUGCCUUUUAAUCCAGCUAAUGAAUGAAGCUAUAUGCCGUGUUUCAAGUAAGUAGAUAAAAACGCUAUAUAUUUUGAUACUCUUACGUGGUAAUCUAGAUUUUGUAAUGUAGGUUCAUAAAAUUCUCUUUGCCUUCCA